GCGAUUUCCAGACAUACCUCGUUUCAGAUCUUUGCCUGAUGCUAUAUAUUUGUAUCCACCAUGACGAUACCUGAUCCGGUCUAUUUAAUGGAGAAUGGAUCAAUUGAAUUACCAUGCACGCCGGAGGAAGAGAAGCGGAUCGUAACUGAGUUAACCAAAAAAGCGGAGUCUAAUUUGAAACAAGGCAACUUGUACUAUGUCCUUUCCAACAGGUGGUUCACAGGCUGGCAGAAAUAUAUCGGACAUGGCAUUGAUGCCUAUCCAUUUGCUGAGCAUUGUAUUGAUUCACUACCUUUGGUACCGUCAGAGACGGCAGAUAGACCAGGACCGAUUGAUAACUUGGAUAUAGUGUCAAAUGGAAGCGAACAUGAGGGUGAUGAUCUACAGCUUCAUAUAACACUAGAGGAAGGACGUGAUUAUGUUUUACUUCCUCAAGAAGUUUGGGAGAAGCUUUUUGAAUGGUACAAAGGAGGACCGACAUUACCUAGGAAGAUGAUUUCAUUGGGUGUUAACAACAGUUUUAGUGUAGAGGUUUUCCCUCUAUGUCUUAAGAUAAUUGAUUCCAAGGACAAAAGCCAGUCAGUUAUAAGGUUAAGUAAAAAGGUAUUAUCUACUCUAUGUCCUCUGUUAAUUCCCUUGUAGAUUCUACUAUUAUGUGUAUUAUAUAUCCAAUCAAGGAUAAACUAAUAGUGGGGCUAAUUUCUAAUCUUACAGCCAGUAAUACACAUCCCUUUGCUUUUGUAUUCAAGGCAUUGGUUUCUCUGGAAUUGAAAUCAGCAGAACAUGCUUCUUUACAUGAGCUUUAUGAGAAGGUGUGUGCACUUAAAGGAAUACAGCCAGAGGAGGCACGAAUCUGGGAUUAUUUCAAUAAACAGAAACAUGCAGUGUUAGUUGAUUCAAACCAAACCUUGGAGGAAUCUAGUUUGCAGAUGGACCAAGAUAUUCUUCUGGAGAUGCAAGUCACUGGAUUUGGCUUGGAAUCAACAGGAAAUGAGUUGGCCCUGGUUCCAGUAGAACCCUUAAGAUCCUCUGUUUCAAUUUCUGGGGGCCCGGUUUUGUCCAAUGGUUAUUCAACAGCUUAUAGUUCCAGUUUGUACCAGGGAAGUACUAUAAGUUCAGCAUUCACAGAUUUGGAGGAUGGAUAUGACGUUUUGAAGCCUGUAGCUAAAGGAGAUAGGGGAGGUUUGGGAGGUUUGCAGAAUCUAGGAAAUACUUGUUUCAUGAAUAGUGCUAUUCAGUGUUUAGUUCAUACCCAGCCACUGGUUGAAUACUUCUUGCAGGAUUACACUAAUGAGAUCAACUGGCAAAAUGCUUUAGGAAUGCAUGGUGAGCUUGCACUGGCAUUUGGUGAGUUGUUGAGGAAACUUUGGUCGUCUGGGCAAACGGCUGUUGCACCUCGUGCAUUUAAGGGAAAACUUGCGCGAUUUGCCCCCCAAUUUAGUGGGUAUAAUCAGCAUGAUUCACAGGAACUUCUUGCCUUCUUGCUGGAUGGAUUGCAUGAAGAUUUGAAUCAUGUUAAGCAAAAGCCUUACAUUGAGACAAAAGAUCAUGAUGGUCGCCCUGAUGAGGAAAUGGCAGAUGAGUGUUGGAGAAAUCACCAAGCCCGAAAUGACUCUGUUAUGUGGAUGUUUGUCAGGUGA